AUGGCCCACCAACCAAGAACGGCAACGAGAGCCUCUGCGAGGACGAAGACCAACACAUCCGCUCCUCAGCCUACAACGAGGUCCACAAGGUCCAAAACUGCGGCAGCUGGACAAGCAUCAAGUUCUCCUGCAGUCGUGCCUGCUGACCCCACGACCAAGAAGAUGACCGGUCGAAAACCUUUAGUUCAGAGAAACAACUCUCCAGAGCAGAAUAUUCCCACAAGUAAACUGACUUCAAAGAGCGGAAUCAUCCCUCGGAAGGCGACAAAUUUAUCAGUGCAGGAGAAUGAGCGAGAACCAAUUAUGGCAUAUCUGCGUAUUCGUCCCAAACUCAACGAAGAUGAGGACGAAUCAUCUCCAUAUCUCACACAACUUUCCGACACCUCAGUCCGAAUGACAGACCCUCAGGACCACCAAGCAAAUCCUUCCCGGUUUCGACCGUCGACCAUUCCACCGUCUUCAACCUACAUGUUCUCUCACAUUUUCCCACACAAUACCUCUCAAUCUCAGUUCUUCCAAAAAACAACGCUUCCCAUAGUUCGCGAUGCUUUACACGGCCAAAAUGGCCUGAUCUUCACCUACGGUGUUACGAAUUCGGGGAAAACGUACACUGUUCAGGGAGGGUCAACCGAAGAUAGUGCAGGUAUACUCCCAAGGACCAUUGAUGUUAUAUUCAAUAGUAUAGAGGGAUUGCAAGGGGAUGAUAGGUACCGUCCUGUUCGGCUUCAAGGUGUUGAACUAGCCGAUCCAUCCGAUUCCCAACCGCCGCCGCCGUUACUCGAACCAACUGUAGUCCGAGUGUUGGGAAAUCAAAUGACCACUCCCAAGUCUUUUAUAGAUAUGGGUGCAGACGACACUGUUGUUAAGCUGGACCGCAAUUAUGAAUACACCAUAUGGAUCUCCUAUGCGGAGGUGUACAAUGAGAAGGUGUACGAUCUGCUGGAAACCGUAAAGAAUCAGCCGGACGAAAACGAAAGUUUCCUGCCUCGGUCGGGAAGCGCCACUUCCUUGGUCUUGACACGUACUGCGUUGCCUCUCAAACCAUCGCCUUCCACCGAUAGUGCUGGUUCUGGAAUCUCCGGUAAAUAUAUCCACGGGCUUCGACAGUUCCGUGUAGCUAGCGCUGCAGAAGCCAAAGCAUUGGUGAAGCUUGGACAAAUACACCGACGAGUUUUCGGGACUCUUGCCAACCGCGAAAGCAGCCGAAGCCAUGGCAUGGUCAUUGUGAAAGUCAUGCGGUGUCAUCGUGGAGAAAAAAAUGAUCUCACUGCAAUCCAGGUUUCUCGCCUCACUCUUGUCGAUUUGGCUGGCUCCGAACGUACCAAGCACACACACACUACCGGGGAUAGGUUAAAGGAAGCAGGAAACAUCAAUAAAUCCCUCAUGGUAUUGGGUCAAUGUUUGGAAGUUUUGCGCCAGAAUCAGCGGAAGCUUGCGAUGAGUCUUUCUCACGAAGGCGAAGGUCACGAAGGGCGAAUGGACACCAGAGAGGUUAAGAAAGGGCUCGCGAUUGUCCCUUUCAGACACAGUAAACUUACUGAGGCGUUGAUGGAUUAUUUCGUAGGAGACGGCCAGACAGUUAUGAUCGUGAACGUGAAUCCUUACGACACCGGAUACGACGAAAACUCUCAUGUGAUGAAAUUUUCUGCGCUAGCGAGAGAAGUUUAUGUCAAUCCCGCGCCUGCACCAGUUCAACGGGUCCCAGUCGUCGGACCUGGUAAAGCGCAAGGGAGAACCAUCAAACGUUUAGGUCCUAUGACGUUGAAAGACCCUGCUAUUGUUCCUAAUGCAUUGAGACGUAAGGUGACGAUAUCCACAGGAGGGCCUGGAAGUGGCAAGAAGAUGAGUGAACAGACACUGGAGGUGCUGGAGGUUGACGAAGCAGACGAGGAAAAUAACGACGAAGGGGAUGACGACUCUCCAAUCAACCCACUAGUUGAUGCGUUAUUUGACGAGAUUGAGGAUCUACGGAUGCAGUUAUAUGAUUCUGAAAUGCGAUGUGCCCUCAUUGAAGCCGAAACGCGCGAGGAGGUGAUGAGGGAAAUGGAGGAACGCAUGCAAGAAAUGGAGAGAAUGUAUACAAGGCGUCUGAUGAAGGAAGUUGAACAAAACGAAGUGAAAACUGAUGCCAAAAUCGACAUGCUUCAUCAGUCAGGACUGUUUGCUAGUCCUGUCAAAAAGCGGCAACUACAAGUCGACAGUGAUGAUGAAUCAGAGGAAGGGGAAGAUGAUGAGAUGAGUUUGAUUGAACAAGAUGGUGAAGAAUCUGACUCUGGGUCUGACGAGGAGAUGUUUAAACAUGCGAAGCACCCGCAACGGAUACGAAGCCUUGCCUCUCAAGAAAUUCGAGAAAUUCGAAAAUUCGUUCCCGAUCCACCCAUGCUACCUUCAGACAACGAGGAGGCAGUGACCAGUGAUGGUGAAACGGAAGAUACAAGCAGUGUGAACCCCUCUGACGACGAAUUAGUUGACCGGGAUUCUGCAGACGAAUCCGAAGAAGACGCCGAAGAAGACGAUGAAUGGGUUCCUUCAUUGCCUACACCUCGGGCUAAGGUUGUACCAAGGCACUCUAGUUCAUCACCGACCCGCCCAAAGGGAAAUAACCAACAAACUCGCGUUUCCAAUUUAACCAAAGGGCUAAAUGACUUGAUGCUUGAGGAUGAGGUUGGAGAAGAAGACUCCAUGUUCAUCAUGCCGAAGAGAGGUUCGUCUGCGAGUGGCACAAUGAAGAAGAAAAGGAACCUGAGUAUGGCACCAGUUUACAGGGAAGCGGAAAUUGAACAAGCGGCUCAAAGGAGUGGUAAGUGGGCUGGCAAGGCCAUGGGAUCGAAUGUUCGUAGAUUCGCGUGA